GCAGCGCGGAGCCCAGCAGCGCUCACACGGCGAAGGAGAGCCGCACAAAUGGAGCUCUUUACGGGAAUCGGAUCUUUACUUUUCUUCUCUGUACUGAUCAACGGCAUUUUCAUCACGAUCCAGACCAAUGAAGAGGUUCUCCUGGACAUGCGGGCUACAGGAGUGGACCUGGGCUGGCUCACUUGGCCCUUAGACCAGGCGGACAAACCAGGGUGGGAAGUGGUGCAGCGGACUCUAAAUGGUUCCCAGUUCUACACGUACUCAGUGUGCAAUGUGGGGGAGCGCGAGCAGGACAACUGGCUUCGAACCACCUUCAUCCAGAGAAGACCUUCAGCCUCAAGGGUUUUUGUGGAGCUCCAGUUCAUCGUAAGAGACUGUAACUCCUUUGAUGGUGCAUCACUGACCUGCAAAGAAACCUUCAAUCUCUUUUCUUCUGAGGCGGACGCAGAUGUUGGCACCACAUUUCGAAAAGGUCAAUUCAAGAAAGUAACCACUAUUGCUCCAGAUGAGAUCACCAGCAAAAAUGAACUGCGUAUCAACACUGAAACAAAAGUAGUCGAGAACCUCUCAAGGAAAGGGUUUUACUUAGCUUUUCAAGAUAUUGGAGCUUGCGUGGCUCUGCUUUCAGUUAGAGUUUAUUACAAGACAUGCCCCGCUACGAUCAAGAGUCUCGCAUCUUUCCAAGAAACUGUGGCAGGAGGAGAGAAUCAGGCAUUGAGAGAGGUCAUAGGUGAAUGUGUGGAUAAUGCUGUGAGUGAGGAGCAGCCGAGGAUUUACUGCACCGUGGAUGGCGAAUGGGUCGUGCCCGUUGGACAGUGCCAAUGCAAACCUGGAUAUGAGGAAGUCGGGAAUGUGUGCAAAGAGUGUCCACAGGGCUUCUACAAACCGACCGCAUCCGGUGACAGGUGUCAGCCAUGUCCUGCCAACACCCAGAAGCAAGGGACAGGAGCAGCCACCUGCACCUGUCUCGAGGGCUUCUACAGGGCCCCCACCGACCUAGAGACUGACCCCUGCUCAGGGCUCCCGUCAGCACCUCGGGACCUUGUGGCCAGCCCCAUAUCUGCAGGGAAGCUGCAGCUGUCCUGGAGCCCCCCGGAGGACACUGGGGGACGCUCUGAUAUCACCUACAGUGUGGAGUGCCAGCGCUGUGAUGGGUCUGUGUGCCAGGCCUGUGGAGAGAAGAUCCGCUUUGACCCGAGCAACACCGGGCUCACUGACACCCGCGUGUCUGUGAGUGAGCUGGACGCUCAUCUCAACUACACCUUCAGUGUGGAGGCUCACAGUGGAGUGUCUGUGUACGCACAGCAGCUGCCCUCCACCUCCGCCCUCACCACCUCCCUGCACUACACAGAGCCUCCAAAGAUCACCACCAUGAGACUGGUAGAGAGGACGCCCACCAGCCUAUCCCUGUCCUGGGCAGUGUCCUCCAAAGCCCGGACCGCACCACGUGCCUUCCACUACGAGCUCAUGUACCGCAAGAAUGAUGCAAACUCAGAUGUAACCACAUACACGGUCCUGAUCCUGGAGAAGAACUCAGUGCAGAUCAGUGACUUAGCCCCUGGGACAGCCUACCUGUUCAAGCUGCAGGCGGUGGGGUCUGAUGGCAGCCAUGGAUCCAGCAUGGAGGAGCAGUUUGAGACCUCCUCUGAAGUAGACUCCCUCACCACCAGCAACACGGCCGUCAUCUUCGGCGCAGCGCUGGGAGGAGCCGCCAUGUUGUUCAUUGUUGCUGUGGUGCUGUUCCUGCGCAGACGAAAGAGAGGCUCUCAUGUGAGACAAGGGCCAGAGGACACGUACUUCUCCAGCUCAGAACAACUGAAGCCUCUGAAGACCUACGUGGACCCCCACACCUACGAAGACCCCAACACUGCCGUCAUGAAGUUUGCCACAGAGAUCCACCCCAACCAUCUCACCAAACAGAAGGUGAUCGGAGCCGGGGAGUUUGGUGAAGUUUACCGUGGAAACCUGAAGGUUCCUGGGAGGAAAGAGGUUGCCGUGGCGAUAAAGACCCUGAAACCAGGCUACAGCGAGAAGCAGAGGCAGGACUUCCUGAGCGAGGCCUCCAUCAUGGGCCAGUUCUCCCACCAGAACAUCAUACGUCUGGAAGGAGUGGUCACUAAAUUCAAACACGCCAUGAUCGUCACAGAGUACAUGGAGAAUGGAGCUUUGGAUCGCUUCCUCAGGGACCACGAUGGGGAGUUUUCAUCCUUCCAGUUGGUGGGCAUGCUCCGUGGGAUUGCUGCAGGGAUGAAGUAUCUCUCGGAUAUGAGUUACGUGCACAGAGACCUGGCGGCGCGUAACAUCCUGGUCAACAACACGAUGGAGUGUAAAGUGUCCGAUUUUGGCUUGUCCCGAGUGCUGGAGGACGACCCCGAAGGCACCUACACCACCAGCGGAGGUAAGAUUCCCAUCCGCUGGACAGCCCCAGAGGCCAUUGCGUACAGGAAGUUUACUUCAGCCAGUGACGUGUGGAGCUUUGGUAUCGUCAUGUGGGAGGUGAUGGCAUUUGGAGAGAGGCCGUACUGGGACAUGAGCAACCAUGAGGUGAUGAAAGCUAUAAAUGAGGCCUUCCGUCUGCCUGCGCCCAUGGACUGCCCCUCGGCGGUGUAUCAGCUCAUGCUCCAGUGCUGGCUCCAGGACCGGUCCAAGAGGCCCAAGUUCGGAGACAUCGUCCCUCUGCUGGACAAACUGCUCCGGAGCCCCGACUCCCUGAAGACCAUCGCAGACUUCGACCCACGCGUAUCCAUCCGCCUCCCCAGCACCAGCGGCUCGGACGGCUCCCCCUUUAGGUCAGUUCCAGAAUGGCUGGAGUCCAUCAAGAUGAGCCAGUACAGCGAGAACUUUAGCCGCGCUGGAGUCGUCACCAUGGACCAGGUUCUGCAGAUGAAGAAUGAGGACAUUAAAAACAUUGGUGUGCGUCUGCCAGGGCAUCUGAAACGAAUCGCCUACAGCAUCUUGGGCCUGAAGGACCAGACCAGCACCCUCAGCGUGUUCGCCGUGUGACUUCUGACCUAUUUGCGGAUUAUGCUAUUUGACCUUUGACCCUCUGAACUCUGAGCUGGAGCUGGAGCUAAAGGCGUGGAGAGGGACUGAACCAGCGUACACUACCUGGAGCUCGCAUCGGAACCCAAACGCCUUUCUAUAAUGUCCCACGUAGCCUUCCAAUUUGUAGAUAUCAUUUUAUUAUUCACUUUCUUAUCCAUACGUACACUGCUUUUGAUCCUUUAUGGCCCUCCUGGAGCCGGUAGUGAGGAUGACAGGCCACGCCCAGCAUUGUUAAAGCUCUAAUCUGGCACUUUGGACCACUUCCUGUCAGCCCAAAUAUGGACGCAGCGGGCGACACGGCUGCGGUAAGCUAGGGCUGGUCCAGGUGUGAACUCGUGGACUGGAGUGGGACUGGCCUGCUACCGAUACUAAGCUACAAUCAUAUAAUAGAUGUUGUUAUAUGAAAAAAAAAGACUUUGUGGUACUUUGUGUGUGUAUAUACUGUAUACUCUAUGGCUUUAGUUCCUGUUUUGGGCAGUUACCAAAUACUUCUUGAUGUAGCACUUAGUUCAAUCUUCACUUCAAUUAAAGAUAGUUUUUAAACUUGCAAUGCAUUUUUAUCUAACGCUGUGUGCUGUUGUGUGGAGAAAAAAAAACACACCAAGGUUAAUCUGUACACCAGUCAAAAGUUUGGGCUCAGCCUCUCAUUCAGUGUUUAGUACUUUCGACAUUUUAUAUAAAAAUCCUCAAAUCAACCACCUUUUGCUUUUUUGAAAAAUAUUUUGUAGAGCUAUUUCACCUUUUCCUUUACUAAAUAAUUCCAUAAAUCUUGCUUCAUAUAUUUAAUGUCUUCUGUGUGUAUUUAAAAUGUUGAAAGCUGUAAGAAAAUAAUAUUGAAUGUUAGGGUGAGUUCAAACUUUGACUUUGACUGGUAGUGUAAGUCAGUGUAAAACCAGUCUUAAUGUUGCCACUAUUUCAUCAAAUGCUAUUGUUUACCUAUCUGCCUUAAAAUGCUUAAUUUUCAUAAAAACAAAGAAAGAAAUCACUUUUUUAAAUGUAUAGAAAUAUAUAUGCUGAUUUCUAUAGCCAAAUCUUAAUUCUUUGACUUGCAAAUUGUGGGCUGGUCUGAGUUUUGUGUCUGUUUACUUUGCGAGACUAGCUAUAGGUUGCAUAAUGGGGUUUAUAAUAUAAUUUCAUACAAAGAGUUGAGUUGCUUAAAUUUUUUAUUUUUUUGUGAAAUUGUUUCCGAUUGCAUUUGAAUCCAACGUGCCUGUGUGUGUGUUGCGUGUGAUGUUUAAAGUGCUCUUAAUGAUGACUGCAAACCUCUGUGUUACUGAUCUACUUGAAUACGCAUCUCCUCUUCUCAUGUACCUGACAGACCCGCGUUGGAAAAGGGAUAUUUUACUCUGUCCGCAGAUUACUUUUGUACAUUUGUCUGAUUCUCAAAUUAUUUUUGUAUCUGCUCAAAGUUUGUGCUGCCUUUUCUGAAAUCUGGGGAGCUCUUUCUCUCCUCCUUCCAGUUUUAUACCGUAUUUAAUAGUAUUUAUUUUGUACUUUUAUUUAUUUACUCUGUUGAACACUGAGCUGGGAUUAUAAUUGAAGGCUGUUCUCUUCUUAAUAAAACUGUCUAAAAAAA